GUUGUUAAAUCAUAGAUUAGAUUAGAUAAGGAAAAACAAAAACCAGUUAACCAGCUUGUUCUGAAAUGAUGAGCUUAAGUACACUGGUUGUUGCUUUUUCUUUAAAAUGCAUCAUCAUCUACCUCCUUCUACUGCAGCUGAGCCUCCAAACUGUCUCCACUGGAGGGAAUGAGACAGAUUAUCUUGCCUUGUUACAGUUCAAGUCCAAUAUUGUUCAUGACCCUCAAAAUCUGAUGAGCUCAUGGAAUGAUUCACUCCAUUUCUGCAACUGGGAAGGAAUCACAUGCGCCCGCAAACACAGAAGAGUCACCAUUCUUGAUCUUCAAUCAAAAGGGUUAGUGGGUUCUUUGUCUCCUUAUAUAGGAAACAUGAGCUUCCUUAGGGAGAUUAGUCUUCAAAACAACACAUUGCAAGGUGAAAUCCCACCUGAGUUAGGACAUUUGUUCAGGCUGCAAGUUUUAAACCUUGGCAACAACUCCAUUGAAGGGGAAAUCCCACAUGACUUGUCCAAUUGCUCUAAUCUUCUGUUUCUUCGAUUAUCGCGCAACAAGCUAACAGGGAAGAUUCCAUCUCAGCUUUCCAAGUUGUCUAAGCUUAUUAAUCUUUAUAUUUUUUAUAAUAAUUUGAAUGGACCUAUUCCGCCUUCCAUUGGCAAUCUUACCUCGUUGGAAGGCUUCUCUGUACGAAGAAAUUCCUUGAUUGGAACAGUUCCUGAUACCCUUGGCCAACUCAAGCACUUGUCACAGUUUAUAAUUGCCGGGAAUAAACUCUCAGGUAUAAUUCCUCCAUCUAUUUAUAAUAUUUCAACCAUCACUGAAUUUUACGCAUAUGAAAAUCAGUUUCAUGGAAGUAUUCCAUCAAAUAUUGGUACUCUUCUUCCUCAACUUCAUGAACUACGGAUAUGGGGAAACAGUUUUAGUGGUCCUAUUCCUGUUUCAUUAUCAAAUGCUACCAAACUUGAGAAUAUCGAUGUAGGAGAAAACAGCUUCACUGGAAAAGUAGAAGUGGACUUUGGAGGCCUACAAAGACUACUUUUUUUAAGCAUGGGUAGAAAUAAUCUGGGAACUGAAGAAGGUGUCGAUGAUUUGAACUUUAUUGCUUCUUUGCUCAAUUGCAGCCAUUUGAGUGCUAUUGAGUUGUCUAGUAGUAGGCUAAAGGGGGUUUUGCCGAAUUCAAAGGCUAAUCUAUCAUCUCUCAAUUUUCUGUCGAUUGGGAAUAACCAAAUAUAUGGAGAGCUUCCCCAAUGGUUUUUUACUCUUGCUAGCUUAACAACAAUGAGUAUACAAUUUAACCAAAUUUCAGGUAUUAUUCCGGCGGAGAUUGGUACUCUUGAAAAGAUACAAAGGAUAUAUCUUGAUCAUAAUAGAUUAUCAGGACCAGUUCCAUCAUCCAUAGGCAACCUAUCAUCAUUGAUUUCGCUUCAAUUGGGUGAAAACAAUUUUCAUAGUGCAAUCCCUUCUAAUCUUAAUUGGCAUAAGUUGUUAUUCUUGGAUCUUUCUGGAAGCAAUUUCAUUGGUUCCAUUCCUAAACAACUUUUUUCUAUCUCUACAAUGUUAGUUACAGUAGAUUUAUCUCUAAACAAUCUUGAAGGAACACUUCCUUCAGAAAUUGGCAAGUUGUUCAAUUUGUAUGAAUUCUAUGUUUCAGAAAACAACUUGACUGGCAAAAUUCCAAAUGAACUAGCUCAGUGCCAGAGCCUUGAAAUCCUAUACAUGGAUGGUAAUAAUUUUGAAGGUACAUUACCCUCACCAUUUGCUUCUUUGAGAGGUCUUCGAAUCUUGGACCUAUCUCGAAACAAUUUAUCAGGUAAAUUUCCUAAAUAUCUAGAGACGUUGUCAUUAGAACAUUUGAAUUUGUCUUUUAACUACUUUGAAGGAGAGGUUCCAAUCAAAGGUGUUUUUGCCAAUGGAAGUGCAAUAUUUGUUGAAGGUAACAAUAGGUUAUGUGGAGGCAUACCAGAACUCAAGCUACCAAGAUGCAUAAAUCAAGAAUCUAAGAGAAGAAAACUAGACAUUGUCAAAUUUGUUACAAUUGCAGUCGCAGGUGUUUUUUGUUUGACCAUCUUGUUAAUCUUAUUACACUAUAAAUUUAGAAAGAAGAACAGCAAAGAGAGACUUUCUAACAACAUACCGGGAAAAGCAUUUGUAAAUCUUUCAUAUGAGAAGAUUCUAAAGGCAACUAAUGGGUUCUCUUUAGAGAACUUACUUGGUGUCGGAAGCUUUGGCACUGUCUAUAAAGGAAAUCUUAAAGAGAAUGGAGGAUUCGUUGCAGUAAAAGUAAUCAACCUUCAACAACAAGGUGCUGCAAAGAGUUUUAUGGCUGAAUGCAAUGUCCUGCAAAACGUACGUCAUAGAAAUCUUGUGCAAAUCAUAACUUCUUGCUCAAGUAUUGAUUUUCAAGGAAAUGAUUUUAAAGCACUGAUUUAUGAGUAUAUGCCAAAUGGAAACCUUGAAAAUUGGUUGCAUCCAAGUUCAGAAAUGUCUACUGAGCCGAUUGAACAGCCAAGUCUAAACCUUCUUCAAAGAAUGAACAUCGCCAUAGAUGUUGCGAAUGCACUAGAUUAUCUUCAUUGCGGUUGCCACGAGCCAAUCAUUCAUUGUGAUCUAAAGCCAAGCAACAUUCUUCUUGACAACGACAUGGUUGCGCACAUUGGAGAUUUUGGUCUAGCAAAAUUUCUCCCUCAGCUAAUGAAUCCAGUUCAAAGUAGUUCUAUUGGUGCAAGAGGAACAAUUGGCUACACAGCUCCUGAAUAUGGCUUAGGGAGUCGACCAUCAACAAGCGGAGAUGUUUAUAGCUAUGGGAUCCUUUUAUUGGAAAUGGUGACAGGAAAAAAACCUACUGCUGAUAUUUUUGCAGAAGGUCUUACCCUACACAAUUUUGCUAGAAUGGCAUUAUCUGAUAAUGUGUUGGAGAUCGUAGACCCAGUUCUCUUACGAGAAGAUGAAGGUGUAAUAGAAGCAAGGAAUGAUCACUACAAAAAAGUUGAAUGCCUAAUUGGCAUGAUCAGAGUUGGGGUUUCAUGUUCAACAGAGUCUCCUCGAGAUAGAAUGGACAUAAGUAAUGUAGUUAAUGAGUUGCUCUCAAUUAGAAAUAAUACAUUAGAAUUAUAAAAGCAGGACUAUCCAUGUAAAGGAGUAAUUUAUUACUUCAACUUUACAUUUACUUUGCGAAGAGCAAUAAAAUCAUUUAGUUGCUUUA